CAUAUAGUACUAUACUAACAUGAAAGGUGAUGGUAAAAUGCAAAUUGUAAGAUAUGUGAGAAUGCUUUUUAAAAUAUAAGAGUAUCAGAAGCAAAAUAUUUUGGUUUAGCAGUAAAUUAUAUACUUAAAAAAGUCGCGUAGUGAAAUGUCUGUCAAAGAACAAAUAAAAAUAGAUAUUGAGUGGGGUCAUGAAAGAUUGGUUCGGGCUCAACAAACCGUUGAAUUACGCCCUUAUGAUAUUGAAUCUUGGUCUGUAUUGCUGCGGGAGGCACAAAAUCGUCAUGUUAAUGAAGUUAGGUCACUUUAUGAAUCUUUAGUAAGUGUGUUUCCUACAACAGCGAAAUAUUGGAAAAUGUAUAUAGAGCAAGAAAUAAAAGCUCGAAAUUUUGAAAGAGUAGAGAAGUUAUUUCAAAGAUGUUUGGUAAAAAUAUUAAACAUUGAGUUGUGGAAGUUGUAUCUAACAUAUGUCAAAGAAACUAAAGCUGGUCUUGCUACUCAUAAGGAAAAGUUGGCGCAAGCUUAUGACUUUGCUUUAGAAAAAAUUGGCAUGGAUUUGCACUCGUUUUCAAUAUGGCAAGAUUAUAUUCAUUUUUUGAAAAGUGUUGAAGCUGUUGGAAGCUAUGCUGAGAAUCAAAAAAUAACUGCUGUUCGGAAAGUAUAUCAGAAGGCCGUAGUUACUCCUGCAAUAGGAAUAGAGGCAUUAUGGAAAGAAUAUAUUAAUUUUGAACAAAAUAUUAAUCCCAUAAUAUCAGAAAAAAUGAGCUUGGAAAGGUCUAAAGAUUAUAUGAAUGCAAGACGAGUAGCUAAGGAAUUAGAAAUUAUUACAAAAGGAUUGAAUAGGAAUUUGCCAGCUAUACCACCAACCUUGACUAGAGAGGAAAGAAUUCAGAUAGAACUUUGGCGAAAAUAUAUUAGUUUUGAAAAAUCUAACCCAUUGAGAUCUGAAGAUACGGCGUUAGUUACAAGAAGAGUCAUGUUUGCUACUGAACAAUGCUUAUUGGUUUUGACGCAUCAUCCAGCGGUAUGGCACCAAGCCGCCCAAUUUUUAGAUCAAAGUGCAAAACUUUUGACAGAAAAAGGAGAUGUCCAAGCUGCCCGAAUUUUUGCAGAUGAAGCAGCUAAUAUUUUAGAAAGGGCGAUCAGUGGGGUUUUAAGCAGGAAUGCGUUAUUAUAUUUUGCUUAUGCUGAUUUUGAAGAGGGUCGUCUAAAAUAUGACAAAGUUCAUCAAAUGUACAACAAAUUUCUAUCGAUAUUAGACAUUGAUCCUACAUUAGCAUAUGUGCAAUAUAUGAAGUUUGCUAGAAGAGCUGAAGGUAUAAAGUCCGCAAGAGCUAUAUUUAAAAAAGCAAGGGAGGACAUUCGAUCACGUUACCAUGUUUUUGUUGCAGCUGCGUUAAUGGAGUACUACUGUUCUAAGGAUAAAGACAUAGCCUUUCGAAUCUUUGAACUAGGUUUGAAAAGAUUUGGUGGAAGUCCAGAGUAUGUUAUGUGCUACAUUGACUAUUUAUCGCAUUUAAAUGAAGACAAUAAUACGAGAGUUCUAUUUGAACGUGUUUUAUCAUCAGGAGGUUUGACACCACAACUUUCGGUUGAUGUUUGGAAUCGUUUUUUAGAGUUUGAAUCUAAUAUUGGUGACUUAUCAAGUAUAGUCAAAGUAGAAAGAAGGCGUUGUGCAGUUUUAGAAAAUUUAAAAGAAUACGAGGGGAAAGAAACUGCUCAAUUGGUAGACCGCUAUAAGUUUUUGGAUCUCUAUCCAUGUACUACAAUGGAACUAAAAUCAAUUGGCUACAGUGAUAAUAUUGUUUUCACAACAGCAAAUAAAAACAACGUCACAUUUGAAGCUAUCAAUGAAAAUGUAGUAUGCUUAGUUAGACCAGACUUUUCGCAAAUGAUUCCAUUCAAACCAAAAUCAAAUGCUUAUCCAAAUGAACAUCCACUGGAAGGGGGUACUUUUCCUCAGCCACCAGCUCUUGCAGCUUUAUGUGCCCGUCUACCUCCGCCUGUGUGUUUUAGAGGACCUUUUGUUGCGGUUGAUAUGUUAACAGAUAUAUUUACACGAAUUCAAUUGCCUGAUGAUAAUUUCAACACGGUAAUCCCAAUGAAUCAGCUCCUCAAUGAUGAGCACAAAAAUAACUUUAUUCCAGUGUUGAAGAACUAUCGAUAUAUUGAACCAUCGAUAUUUUCGAUGUAUCGUCGCAAAACUAUCGCGAUAUAUCGAUAUUUUCGUAACGCAACUUGCUGCUGUGCCUCGAUUUAAGUUGUAUAGAAACAUACAAUAAUGGUAUGUACAUGAUAAUUUGAUUAUAACCAAACAUGGAAUGAAUAAAACAAGUAUAUAAAUAGGUAAUAUUAUUUGAAAAAUAUCAACUGUAAU